GUGGAUGCCGGAAGUGUUCAAUGCAGUCAUGUUUGUCCUUUAACAACAAUUCAAACAACUGCAAACAUUGAGUCACAAAAUGGUUUUUAUGCGUGUGAGAAAUGUUUUCAACAUCUCUUGACGCAAGACACGAACUUUCUCUAACUUUUUUAUUUUUUUUACCAAGAGGCAUCUGAUCUCGUCGCCAAUUGUUGUGGAUAGUUGUUGCGUCAUCAUGGCUGCAAGAUGCAUGUUUGUGCUGCAGAGAAUCUUAGGAGCUCACAGAGGUGCAACUCAGGUGCUGCAGAGAAACUUAGGAGCUCACAGAGGUGCAACUCAGGUGCUGCAGAGAAACUUAGGAGCUCACAGAGGUGAGAGUCAAGUUGGGAGAGUCAGACACAUGAGCUGCUCUGGCGACGUGCACCUGUCCCAGCCUACUAUCACAGGUAGCAGCUCUCUGUCCUUCCGAAGUCACACCUGUGGACAGCUGAGACGCCAGCAUGUGGGAGAGAAGGUCACGCUCUGUGGUUGGGUCCAGUACCUCAGACAAGACCUGUUCGUCAUUCUUCGAGAUUUCAGCGGCUCCACCCAAGUUCUCAUACCUCAGGAGGAAUCUGCGCGCCACCUGAAAGGAGUCCUGUGCAGCCUCACGGCUGAGUCCGUGGUCAAAGUUGCAGGGACCGUCAGACUACGGCCACCAGGACAGGAGAACAAGGGGAUGCCGACAGGAGACAUCGAAGUCCUCGCCGAGGACGUGGACGUCUAUAACAUCUGCCGCAAGUUGCCCUUUGAAUUGAAAGACUUUGUCAAAAAAUCGGAGUCGUUGCGCCUGCGGUUUCGUUACCUGGACCUGCGCUCGUCCAACCUGCAGAAGAACCUGCGACUGAGGUCCCAGCUGGUGAUGAAGAUGAGAGAAUAUCUCUGCUACAAGCACGGUUUUGUUGACGUAGAAACGCCGACUCUGUUUAAAAGAACACCUGGGGGAGCUAAAGAGUUUGUGGUUCCCUCCAGAGAACCAGCUCGUUUCUACUCGCUCCCUCAGAGUCCUCAGCAGUUCAAACAGCUCUUGAUGGUGGCAGGAAUUGACAGGUACUUCCAGGUUGCACGGUGCUACCGUGACGAAGGCUCCAGACCCGACCGCCAGCCUGAGUUCACCCAACUGGACAUAGAAAUGUCUUUUGUGGAGCAGGCGGGAAUCACAUCUCUGGUGGAGGGUUUGCUGCAGUACUCCUGGCCUGCGGACAAAGGCGGCCUCACGCUUCCCUUCCCAACUAUGAGCUACCAAGAGGCCAUGAGGGACUACGGCGUGGACAAACCCGACACCAGGUUUGGCAUGAAGGUCAGUUCCUACCUUUUCACUUUUAAUACAUUUGCAAACAAAUCUUUUUUAAUGUCCGCAUUAUGGGGUAUUGUGUGUAGAAUUUUGAGGACAAACAUUUAUCAUAUAUUUUUUUAAUUUUACAUUUGUUUAUUGAAUUCUUUGGACAAAACAGAAAUACAAUACAUCCAUCCAUCCCUUUUCUACCGCGUGCUGGCGCCUAUCUCAGCUACAAUUUGGGCGGAAGGCGAUGUAAACCCUGGACAAGUCGCCACAUCAUCACAGAAAUACAAUGCAGUACAAAUCAAAUGUUCUCACCCAGCCAGAAAUAACAAUCCCAAUCAGUCAAAUAAGUAGAAGUGUGUAUUGCUGCAGACACACACAACUGUCAAAUAAGUAGAGACACACAACUGUCAAAUAAGUAGAGACACACAACUGUCAAAUAAGUAGAGACACGCAACUGUCAAAUAAGUAAAGACACGCAACUGUCAAAUAAGUAGAGACACACAACUGUCAAAUAAGUAGAGACACACAACUGUCAAAUAAGUAGAGACACACAACUGUCAAAUAAGUAGACACACAACUGUCAAAUAAGUAGAGACACACAACUGUCAAAUAAGUAGACACACAACUGUCAAAUAAGUAGAGACACACAACUGUCAAAUAAGUAAAGACACGCAACUGUCAAAUAAGUAGAGACACACAACUGUCAAAUAAGUAGAGACACACAACUGUCAAAUAAGUAGACACACAACUGUCAAAUAAGUAGAGACACGCAACUGUCAAAUAAGUAAAGACACGCAACUGUCAAAUAAGUAGAGACACACAACUGUCAAAUAAGUAGAGACACACAACUGUCAAAUAAGUAGACACACAACUGUCAAAUAAGUACAGACACACAACUGUCAAAUAAGUAGAGACACGCAACUGUCAAAUAAGUAAAGACACACAACUGUCAAAUAAGUAGAGACACACAACUGUCAAAUAAGUAGAGACACACAACUGUCAAAUAAGUAGACACACAACUGUCAAAUAAGUACAGACACACAACUGUCAAAUAAGUAGAGACACGCAACUGUCAAAUAAGUAGAGACACGCAACUGUCAAAUAAGUAGAGACACGCAACUGUCAAAUAAGUAGAGACACACAACUGUCAAAUAAGUAGAGACACGCAACUGUCAAAUAAGUA